ACCGGAGUCUUCUUCGUGGACAGCGGCGCGUCUUCCUGUCUUCGUUCAAAUGGACAAGCAAAGUCCAACAGCGAGGACGAACCAAGGACUUCCGUCUUCACUGAGAGGAAUGUGAGGAACGAUGUGCUCCGCGGAAAGCAACACGGACCUGGAGCCGACAUCCCCGGACCCAGCUCUCCUGCUGGAGCUGAAGACCCGGCGUACCCCGUCCUUGCUGGACCGAGCGGGAUGCGAGACCUGGAGCGUGGACUUCUCCCCGGACGGAACCUGGUUCGCCUGGUCCAUGGGACACGGGAUCGUGUGGGUGGUCGCCUGGCCGCUGGACUCAAAAGAGGGUCAGGACGGAGACACCGACCGAGCAGACAAAAGCUUCAGCUGUGGUCAGCUGGUGUGGGGUCUCGCCUUUGGACCCAGACCCCCCAAAGUGUCUGCAGCCGCGCAUCCGUCACCAAAAGGGAAGGACAACCUGCUUCUGGCCACAGGCUUGGAGAGCGGGGUGAUCAAGAUCUGGAACGUGUUAACAGGGAAUGCUGUGUUUGAUCUCCAUGGCCAUGAGGGGGUUGUGAGGGACCUGGUUUUUCCUCAGAACGGGUCCCUCACGCUCAUAUCAUCAUCUCGGGACAAGACUUUAAGAAUUUGGGACUUGGCUCACAAGGGUAAAAAGGUUCAAGUUCUGUCUGGUCAUAAAGACUGGAUCAACUCCUGCUGCGUGUCGUCCGACUGCAGCAUGAUUGCGUCUGUUGGCAGGUUUGACAGAAUGGUGUGUCUGUGGAGUCUCCGCUCAUAUACGUUCAUCAGGAACCUGACUGGAGGGAGCAAUAAAACGUUGUGUCUGCUGUCCUCCUGCGACUUCUCUCCAGACGGAGCAGUUCUCGCCACUGCUGCCUUCAGUGGCUCCAGCUGGUGGAUCGACCUCUGGGACCCGUAUACAGCUGAGAAACUGGCCACGCUGGCUGACUACUUUGAAGAUUAUGGGCAAAACCAGAUAUCAGCAGUCCAGUUCUCCCCCGAUGGUUUGCACCUAGCAAUUGUGACUGAUGAUAGGGCUCUGAGGAUCUGGGAGCCGGGAGAGAGACGGAUGACCAUGCAGACGAAGAGAGACCAAGUCUCCAACGGUCUCUGCUGCAAAUACCAUCCACAGGGUGGAGUGAUCGCCACAGGAAACCGAGACGGCCACGUGAGGUUCUGGAGGGCUCCCAGGCCCGUGCUCAGCUUGUGCCACCUGUGCCGAUCCAUCCUGCGCUACUCGGUGUCCACGCACCAGAUCGAGGCGCUGCCGCUCCCCAGGAGGAUCCUGGAGUACCUCACCUACAGAAACAUCCCUGAACGCCUCAAGACCUGCUCCUCCUCCGAUGAAGAGGACUGGGACAGUUAAAUAACUAAACUGAGAGAAGCUCCUAUUAUUUAUACUCUUUAACAAAAUGCCUUUUCUGUUUACUAGCAAGAGCUUAAAAAAAAAAGAGGAAAACCAACUAUCUUUGUAAUCGACGUUAGAUGCACUAAGAACUUCUUAUUUGCACUACAUUCAGAUGCAUAAUAAUUAUUCACAUCAUUUGACUUGAAUAUCAUGCUUUUUAUACUGCUAAUUUAUUGUGUAAAUACAAAAUGUACAGAAAAAUCUAAUCCCUGUGUUUAUUUUUCUGCUUUAUUUGCACCUUUAUUGUAAUAAAACUACUUAUAUGGAGAAGCCUUUAUUAAACAGAUAA